GUUCACCUUUCAUUUUCGCUGAUUUCAUCCCCCGUUUGUGUUUUUUUUUUCUUUCUUUUUCUCUCUCUUUUUCUUUUUUAUGAUCCUUUAUUUCAAUGAGUCAAAAACUUUACCUUCCAGACUCUGAAAAGCAACCUUCCUAUUGUGAUCUAUCCUAUUUUGAUUAUGAACAACAUCAAACUACUUGGAAGAAAACAAUAAACUGCCAUCCAUUCAAUCACAAGUUAUCUAUAUUUGUACCUUCUUGUUCUUUACAUACUAUACAACAACAACUACAUUUACCACCAUCUAUUUAUUAUCAAGUACGUUUACCCUUGAGAGCGCUUUUGGAUCCUGAAUUUUUCUCUCGUUAUAUCAAGUCAUCCAAUGAACGGUUACUAUUCCAUACUGUGGGAACCAAGUUAGAUUCAGAUACAGUCAUAGUGUUAGAUUUCAAUGGUCACCUCAUUAUGAAUAUGGACAAAUUUACCUAUGAAACCUUUGGUAUAGUUGGUCGACAACAAAAGGAAAUGGAUAGAAAAAGAUUUCGUUAUGUGGUGGAUAUCGACCUUAGACAUGGAAAAUCGCCACGAAAAAGUAAGAUUCUUGAUCGAUUGAAAUGGUGUUUCGAAAAUACGAUGACUCAAGAAUAUGAUAUGGUAAUGACAUUGGUAGACGAAGUGACGGGUGAUACAAAAACGAUAGAACAAUGGCCAGAAGGUGUAAUCGUCAAGGAACAUAGAAUGGAAAUGAAACUAGAAGAAAUCAAUCAAAUCAAUAUACCACAAUGGACUUCAUUGGAACGAACAUUAGACGGUAAAAUGGAUCAACAAUGGCAAGAAGAUGCAUUAGGUGCUAUGGAAUGGAUUGGAUUAGUGUCGAUGAAAGCCAAUCGAUCACAAACUGCUAAUUCAAUUGUCAACCCUUUUAUAUCAACAUAUCAAGCACCUCAACCUGUAGAGAAAUCUGGAUUUGGCACAGUAAUUACAUGGACUGGAUUUAUAGCACCUUCUUUUAUACUGAAUGCAUUGACAAAUCUUAGAAAACUAAUGAUCACCAGGGUAGUACCAAAAUGGGUAAGUUUUACAGUUUGGGGCUAUCGAGAUUCACCAUUUACUUGGGACAACAGACAACAUUAUUAUAACUUGAAUGGCGAAAACGAUUAUACAUUUUUAUUAUUUCCACCUCAUGCAUCUCAACAAACUUUUAUUUCCUACAAAAUGUAUGGUUCCCAUCACUCACAUUCUUAGUUGUUUAUUAUUCCCUUUUAGUUUUAGUAUCAUCCUCCUAUCCUCCUCCCCACCUUUUUUUACGACUACUUGUUUCUAUAUUGAUCAUAAGUAUCAUGCAAAGAAGACAUUCUUAUCGAAAUAAACAAUAUAAUAUGUUAGUUAUUAUCAUUUUUUUUUUUUUUUACAUAUUAAUUUCUAAUGAUAAUAAUAAAAAAC